UGUGUUUUCUCUUUAGCAAUUGCAAACGAUGUAUUUUCAAUCGCCAGGCAAUUAAUUUUCCUUCUUUCCAGCUGCCUGUCCCUUUUCUGCCAUCCGGCUUAAGCCAAAAAUCUGAUCACAUCAUAAUCCACAUCGCUCUAAAAUAACACGGGACGAAAUGAAGGGCUCGGGCACUAUCUCCGUUCAUCAGUCCCCCUCUCCCCACUCUCUGCCUGGUCCUUUCAGACCUUGGCCCCGCGGGGCAAGGGUUGUCUCAGCCCCGGCUUUUUGUCUGGGCUUUUGGUUCAGAGGCUUAGCGGUUACAGUGAAAAGUCCAUCAAAUGACGGUGGCUGGCCGAAGCUUUGGACCUGCUGUUAAAUUAGAUAUUAAGGAUUACACAGCUAUCUGCUUGUAACCAAGUUUUUGGUUAUAUUUAAUGCAGGUGCAUAGAUUGGACCCGAUCCUGCAGCUUCUGGCUCACGUGGGUUUCCAAGAAUGGGUUUAGACUAUUCUUUUUAGGGUGGGGAAAAUUAGGUACCAGAUGAUGUUGUCUAAACAGGAGCAAUUCGCAGGAAUGUGCAUCCCUGGCUGAGAUAUCUGUGUGUCUGCCAGGCUUUGCUCAUCACUCAAAUGCUCACCUGGCACCCAGAGGGUCCUCAGCCCUUGGGAGCUGCAGAAGGGCAGGAGAGUCUGUCUGAUUGCUUGGUAUUUGGUUUCCUCUGAAGGAAACAAGUGUUCAAUUUUUGCAACUAUUUCUUUACCCAUUUUAGGGAAAGUUUGGUGCCUUGAAUAUCUUCUUUAAAAAAUAGAGAUAAAACUGUACCCCCCCCAAAACAAGGUAUCUACAAGAAUUUCCUGAACUUUGGAAGUUCAUAGUUUUAUUAGUUUCCUUCAGAUUUCUAAUUGCAAUUGAAAAAGCAUCAGUCAAUCAACUGGAACAAAACCCAGGCAAAAAUUGUCAGCCAAUUGCUUGAGUUAAUUAUGAGACAAGUUUCUGUAUGAGAAAUCUCUUUAUAACACAGCUAUGGGGCAUUUCACAUUUCUCUAUUGCUCAAUGUAGCCCAAACCUAAUCACUUUCUAAAAGGGAAGGAGACAAAUGCAAGAAUCAAAGGUGUGAGCUGUGUCAGGAUGGGUGUCGUGUCCUGGAGCUUGGUUUGAGUGCCCCUGGAUGAAAAGAAACAGGUUAUAUAAUCACAGAAUCAUAGAAUGGUAGGGGUUUGAAGGGACCUUUAGAGAUUCUUUGGGGUUUUUUCCUGAUUUCUGAACUAUUUGUGAAUAGAUGCCUUUUAGUUAGCAACUUUUAGUGACUAGAGAUGCAUGUUUGACAUCUAUGAAGACUGCAGGUGUCCUGAGAUUUAUUUUCUUAAACAAUAAAUAGUAUAAUCCAAAUUUGGGGGUUUUCUCUUGCUCUUACAGGAGUAAGAAGGUUUUAAGCUGCAGCUCCUUCUGCAUUCAAGGCUGGUUGCUUUGUCUUUCCUGGAAAGAGCAUGUGUUGAAACCAUUGUGUUAUUGUAGCAAGUCGUAGCACACUCUCUGCUGUCUUGUCAGCAGUGCUGGGCAGCCUGGUGCUGUUGAGGUCCCCUUGGUCCCCACCACCAUCCCCACAACCCCACAACAGUGGGCUGUGCACAUCAAGGACAAGAAACCUUCUGUUUUCCAGGUGCUCUUGCACAUUAUUUAAUUCAAAGGGCAUUUAUGUGCUGUUUGGGAGUAGAAAAUUGUCUUUAUGAAAGCACCAGACUGGGAUCUUAGAGGUCAGAGAUGAGUUUCUCAUUCCAACACUGCCCAGUGAAUCUCUGGGGCUGUGUGAUUUUUGGGGGACUCCCUGCUCCUGAGCACACUGCAGGGAGAAGUAAAUUGUAUGGCUGCUCACAUGCUGGAGAAGCCAUAACUUUAAUCUGGCUGCUUGGGAGUGUGUCCCCAUGCAAACCCCGAGGUGGGGGGCAUUUUGUGUGAUGUCCUGGACCCAAGGGACUCUGUUUCCCCUGCAGAGAGGAAAGUGUGAUGUUGUUUAAUCAGCUGGAAUGUGGGAUUCUACUCACAUUGUGCCAGCUGGGAUCUGCCAAAGUGCAGCCUGAAUAGGAUGCCUCCAAAAUCACAUCUGUUUGGCUGCUCUGACAUGAUCAAAACAGCCCAGAGUUUGGCUGGGUAAGAAUAAUGAUGUUCAGAUGCUCCUCCUAGGAUGCUGGUUUCACUGGGUGAUGGUAGAGCUAUGGCUUAAACUGCUCACCACAGCCAGAGACUUGCUCCACUGUUGGUGCCUCCUAGAGGUGAGGAUUAAAAGCAUCUUACGGUAAUGUCUCCUCGUGUGAACUACUUUCCUUGGACCCAAAGACCUGCAGUCUUGAUUUAUAGCAUUGCUACUCCUGUAGCACAGUACUUCUGGGUAGACAUCCUUUUGGGUCUCUUCCAGCACAGAGACAACAUCUUGCUUCUGCCAACAGAAGUUACCUUGAUGAUCUGGAAGGAGAAUUGGUGCCUUUUAUGAGUUGUAAUAUGCCCUAUCAGAAAUGUGGCUGCAAAAUUCCAGGGAUUUAAGUAGAGUUCACACGUAUCUGAGCCAAAUGGACACCUCGACUGAUUUAGAGUCCCUUCUCCAGGUAGGGUCAGAUGGGGACCUUUGCUCUGUGGGACUGAUGUGCAAGAGAGAGUCCAGGUCAGCUGUGAAACUGCUUUAUCCUCCACCCAUGACCAUCCUUCUAGCAAGGACACUGUUUUCACUCUGUGGGUCCCAUUGCUACCUGUCUUCAUUGCUAUGGGACAAAUCCUACCACCUUGUGUCAAACAAACCACCCAGAGGACUGGUGGCAAGACUAUGGUCUCUGUCAGCUCUGGAUCCUGCCUACACCAGGGGAGAUGUCAGGACCUUUGAGUUGUCAAAGCCUCUGCUCAAGCUAUUUUCCUCCUGUUCCAAUGGUCCUCACACCAAAGUGGUGCGUCGCAUUUUCACCAACAGCCGGGAGAGGUGGAGACAGCAGAACGUGAACGGAGCCUUUGCAGAGCUCCGCAAGCUCAUCCCCACACACCCCCCCGACAAAAAACUCAGCAAGAACGAGAUCUUGCGCCUGGCUAUGAAAUACAUCAACUUCCUGGCCAAGCUGCUCAACGACCAAGAGGAAGAAGGAAACCAAAGGGGCAAAGUGAACAAAGACUCGGGGAUAGUCCAGGAAGACCUUCUGCAGGACAUGUUGUCUCCUAACUCUAGCUGUGGGAGUUCUUUGGACGGAGCGGCCAGCCCGGACAGCUUCACGGAAGAGCACGAGGCGCUGGAGUCGAAGCACACGCGGGGGCUGCACCACCCCAUCCUGCCCGUGGAAGGCAACGCGCAGCGGUGAUGACCUCAAGUGCCAAGGCUGGAGGGCGAGACCCUGGUGCAGAUGGCUGGAACUUGUGCCCUUGGGAUUUGUGAUUCUCUGCCUUUUCCCUGGAGGAAGGGAGCUCGGGUUCCCCAUCCUCCCCAGCCCCAGGACGGAGCAUCUGGCACGUUGGCCGAGGAUGAGACCAAACCAGAUGGACGUUCGGUGUUUAGGUACGUGAUCGUACAAAGAAGAAAAGAAUUGAAGUCAUCUUCAUUGUACAUACUGCUCAUGGUGUGACACUGUAGGGGAGGAAAGGGGACACAGCCAGCACCUCCCCAGUCUUUAGAGGGUUUUUCAGACCGUUUGAUGACCGUCGCUUUUGAAACAGUCGCCUGGUUGAGACGUGGAACUCCCCUUUCACUGCUGGCGGAGGCCACCGCCUCUUUCCAGCUCCACGUGGUGCUGGAGACUGCUGAAACUCACCAGUGCUGCAGCAUUCCUCCAGCCUGUGGCAAAUGCAACUGGUUUGAGCAGGAGCUGGGGCCACGUGUUCCCGUUGCCUGAGAGCUUUUGACUGUAUCUCUUUACAGAAUGGUAGGAGCUGGAAGGGACCUCAGAGCUCAUCCAGCCCAACCCCGUGAUGAAGCAGGUUCCCCUCCAUCAGGUCACACAGGAAUGAGUCCAAGUAGGUUUGGAAACCUCCCAGAGAAGGAGCCUCCACACCCUCCCUGGGCAACCCCUUCCAGUGCUUCUCUUAAAAGAGGUGAAAAAACACCCUCAGCAAAAGAACUAUUAAAAGGAUUAAGACUAUUUCUUUUUCCCUCUUUUACAUUUUGGUUUGGGUUUGGUUUUUUUUUUUCCUUUCCCUUCUGCCUGACUUUGGAUUGUUUGGGGUUGUUGUAUUUAUGAUGUGGGAUUACUUCUGUUGAACACUGUCAUGCAGUAACCACUGAACAAAAAGGUACAUAGGCGUUUUCUGCUGCCCUCCCAGUCCCUGAUUCUUCUGCUGGUAACGCUCAGUGGGUGAGCUCCAAGGCUGUUGUGGCCUCCUAGAGUUUUCCCAGCAUUUUCUAUAAGGUCAGAGCUUCUCUCAAGGAAGAUGAAUUUCAGAAUUGGUAAGGGGGGGAAAAAAAAAACAAUGAAAAAAAGUUUCUAGUGAAGCAUCCCCUUGGACUGGGGGAUUUUUAAAUUCAAGAAGCAACGAAAAGGCAAAAGGAGUCGAUGAUGCAUCAACAGUGUGCUUGUACAUAGGGUUGUAAAAGGGUUUUAAUGAUAUGCUUUGAAUUGUUUGGUUUUAUUGUGUGAAAAUGGUGGUGGUUGAGCUGUGCCAAUGCCCCCAGACUGGACUACAGUGCUGGAUUUAUUCUGGUAUUAGGAAGGUCCUCACUUGCCUGGGGCUGGUAGGAGCUCACAGCCUCUCUGAAUCUUGGGGGGAAGCACUAAAAGCAUUGGUGGGAUUAGUCUCCAUUCUCAAGUGCUCAAAUUGCUGCAAAAUUGGUGUCUGUGACUGAGCUGAUCCUCUGAUCCCUGCUGCCCGCCUUGGAAGGGCAUCUAGGAAGCAGAAGGUCUUGAGACCAGGGGCUGCUGUGGCUGGGAGCUGGGCAGCACACCAUGCUGUCAUCGCUGCAUCAGGCCCACCUCUCACCCACUGCCUGAUGGCUGAUGGAGCAGUUGCCCCAAGCCCAUCCUCCACAGAGAUACCAAGGCACAGAAAUCUCUACCAUGCUACAAUAAGAAACACCAAACCACCCACAAACAUCCUUUGGAAGGGAAAAAGUCCUUUGAGUGGGGAUGUCUUCCACUGCACUCCUUCCUUUUCAAGGGUGCUGAGGUACAAGGAAAUACAGAGGGUUUGGGCCAUAUGGGCUUUGUUCAGAACCCUGUCACUUCCAUCCCCACUUGAUUUUAAUGCCUCUUUGUAAAUAAUAGGUGUGGCACAUGGGUUGGCACAUUACUUGCCUGGGAAGGGGUCCUGGCCCAAGCAAGGGUUUCCAGCAUAGACCCCAAAUCCUCCAAAGGACCAACUGCUCCCCCUCUUAAAUUAUGGAAGAGGAGGAAAACUCUUUCUUGGGUCUGGAUAGUCUGUGUGUGGGAGUUUUUAUUAAAGGGGGUGCAGGUGGGUGUUGGAGUGAUGCUGAGGAAGAGGUUUGGGCAGCCCCUGGUGCCAGAAGGAGAAGUGUGAGAUGGGGGCUGCCUGGCAGGCAGGGACCCUGCAGGAAGGAAAGGGGAUGCUGUCACCCAGGUAAAUGGCUUUCAGCAUUUGAAAUAACCCCAGAGUGGGCUAGGUGGGGGUUUUACAUCCUUUUUAUCAAACUAUUGCAAGAAAAAAAUCACCAAUACUCAGAAUUUCCUCACUCCCCACAAGCCUGGGGUUCUUGUUUUAAUCUUUUCAGUAUCAGAACAGUUGGGAAAAUGGUACAACAUUGGCAGCACGCCCCCAACACCCCCCUGCACGUCUGUGCCUGCUUGUAGCCCUUAGCAAGGCACACAGUAAGUCUCCUGGGGUAUGUACAGUUGUACUUUAAUUGUGAUUUGAAUGGUACAUUUCCUCUGCCCACCUCUCCUCCUGCCUGCUUCACCUCUUGCUGUGUGGCCCAUCGCCCCCCUGUCUCUGUAGGAAACAACACUUUGGGGCAACAUUGUACAGUGUGAGUGAAUUCCUGCCUUAUGAGUUUUGGGGGUUUGGUUCUUUUUCAGCCCCAUCCCUUUCUCUGCCACUUUCCCCUUGGAUUUCUGCAUUUUUUCUGCAGAAAUGAAGUAACCAGACCUGGUACCCUGAGUCUCAACCCACUGUGGAUGUGCUAUUUAGAAAACACAUUUGUUGUAAUGUGUGUGUAUAUAUAAAUAUAUAUAUAUAAUGAAUAUAUCAAGAAUAUUUCUAAAUAAAGUUUUACAAAGCA